AUGUCUGAUCAUUCACAAUUCACAGGUUAUUCAGUUCAAUUAGAACUCAGGGAUGGGAAACUUAUUCAAGGUAAAAUUGUUAAAGCUAAUAGUAAGGGGCUUACAUUGAGUGAUGUGACGUUUGGAGACGGUGGUACAUCUCAAGCAUUUAAAGUUAGGUCUUCCAGGUUAAAGGACUUGAAAGUGUUAGGUGUUCCUCAACAACAGCAACAGCAACAACAACAACAACAAAUGAACCGCAGUAAUAAUAAUAAUAAUAAUAAUGGCAGUAGUAAUACUAGUAAACGUAAUGACAGUGGUAACAAAGGCAGUACUAGAGAACAGGAAGGUAUGGAUUGGCAGGAUGAUGAUGUUGGGAGGAUCAAAAAUGGUGCUGAUUUUGAUUUUCAAUCAAAUUUGACACGUUUCAAUAAGAAGGAUGUAUUUGCGCAAUUGAAACGUGAAGAUGAGGUGGAUCCAGAGAAACGUUUGGUUUCAUUUAAUAAGAAAGGUAGUCCCGAUACAACUACUAAUAGUGGAACUUCGUUUGGUCGUGCUCAAGGUAAUUAUGAAUACGAUGAAAUGGUGAUCCCUAAUGCCAAGGAGGAUUCAUGGAAUAAAGUUGGUAUAGAAUUUAACAAAGAAAAACAAUCUUCCAAACAACAUAAUAAUGAUGGUGAUGAUGAUGUGGAGGAUUUUGAAUCCGCUACAGAUGAGGAAGAAGACGAAAUAAGUAGUGGUGGUAAUAGUAAUAGAAAGAAGAGUAAUAUUGCCACAAAUGAUGAUGAAGAUAAUACAGAAGAUGAUGAUAUAGUGGAGGAUGAAGACGAAGAUAGUGAAUAUUAUCCAAUUACAAAAUCUAUUAAUAUUACACAUUUGUUACAUUCCGCUGUUGAUGAUGAUGGAAAUUCUACAGAACAAAGUGCAAAUAAAGCUCAAUUGUUAUCUCAAAUAGAACAGAUGUUAAUAAAUAAUGCUUCAAACUCGUCAAGAUCUGGUUCUGUAUCGAAUGGUUUACCAACGUUGAAAAAUAGUAAGACUGGACAAUUAAUUCCAAUGGCAUCUCCAGUAGAAUUAUUAGAGAUUGAACGUUUAACAAACGAAACAUUCGGAAUUACAACUGGUACAAUGAAUGAAAUAUUUGGUAAUAAUGCAUCUUAUUUGGUGAAACAGACUUUGGGUGGUCCAACUAGACUCACUGUAAAGAAUACUAACCCGGAGCCACUGAUUGUGGUACUUGUUUCUGAUAUGAAUAGAUCUGGUAUUAAAGCUAUUGCAUUAUCUAGAUAUCUAUGUCAGUUGAAACAAGUGCGUGUUGUAUUAAUGUUUUCAUGUCCAUUGAAUGAUAUUCAGGAUAAAUAUGUAUUGAAUAAGAUUGAAAUCUUUAAAAAUAGUGGGGGUAAACUUGUUAAUUCUUUAAAGAAUUUGAAUGCAUUAUUGGCUAAAUUGAAUAGUCCCGUUGAAUUAAUCAUUGAUGCUAUGCAAGGGUUUGAUUCUAAUUUAAGUGAUUUUACACUGUCAAGAGGUGCACAUCAAAAGAUUCUUGAGAUUGUUAAUUGGUGUAAUGAAACCAAACGUAACAAGAAUGUUAAAAUUUGGUCUAUCGACUUACCAUCUGGGUAUGAUUCCAGUUCAGGUCUACAAAACUUUGACGUUUGUAUCAAUAAAGUCGAUAAGAUUUUGUGCUCCUAUUCGUGGCCUCUAACCUGUUUGAAGUUUAUGGAUAAAAUAUUAUUGGAUAAUGGUAAGACAGCAUCCUUACAAAACGGUUCAAGUAGCAGUAGUAGUAAUAGCCGUAACGGUGCAGUUGAUAGUGUUAUUGUCACUGUAGACUGUGGUAUCCCAGCCAAUGUAUACUCACAGAAGAACUCAUUAAGAAAGUUCAGUGCAGUUGAUACUUUCGUCAGUUCUGGUGUUCUAGGUCUAACAAUGUAA